UUUUCUUCACUUUUUAGUUUCAUAAACCUCUAUAAAAGGACACUCAAUUCCUCCCAACUUCCCAAGCAACCACACACACAAACACAAAAGGAGACAAGAAACCAUUUCCAUUCACUGUACUCCUAAAGUCUCACCAAAACAAGAAAACAUCAAACCUAGUAAAAACCUACAAACCUUAAAAAUGGUGACUGCAGUUUCCACCUAUGAUCCGAGGGCAAAUCUCCAGAUAGGGAAGAACACCCACCACCCGAAUGGAGGAAUCAUGGCUGAAAUCGAAGGUCUGAUCACGGUUUACAACGAUGGACGUGUGGAAAGAUCCUCAAUCGUUCCGAACGUCGCCGCUAGUAGUCUUCCUCAACAUCUGGGAAUUACAUGCGGGGACGUCGCCAUUUUCGACCCUUCCAGAUUAUGGGCACGCGUUUAUGUCCCUAGCGGCUUUCCGGCGGGGAGGUUACCGGUUCUUGUUUACUUUCAUGGAGGUGGGUUUUGCGUCGGAUCCGCUGCAUGGAAGUGUUACCAUGAAUUCUUGGCGAAUCUUUCGUCGCAGAUUCCGUGCGUGACAGUGUCCGUGAAUUAUCGCCUGGCGCCGGAGCACCGCCUCCCGGCCGCCUACGACGACGGCGUCCGGGCUGUGGCGUGGGUGAAGCAACAGGCCAGCAAAAGUUAUUCCGGCGCCGGCCGUGAUAGUCUAAGCUGGUGGACGGACAAGUGCGAUUUUUCUAGGAUUUUCCUCGCCGGCGACAGCGCCGGCGCCAACAUAGCGUACAACGUUGCGUCGAGGCUUAUUAAUAAUAACACGACAAGCGCCGCCGCCGCCGCCAAUGGCGGCGGCGGCGUCAAGGGUUUGGUUCUGAUCCAGCCGUUUUUCGGAGGCGAGGCGCGUACGAACUCGGAGAAACAUGCGGCUCAGCCGCCGUUCUCCGCCCUGACUUUGGCGGCCUCCGACGCGUACUGGGCGCUGGCGCUGCCGGAGGGCUGCAGCCGCGACCACCCAUGGUGCAAUCCUUUGGCGGCGGCGACGAGAAUGAACAAUUUGAAACUACUUCCGCCCACAAUGGUGUGCAUAUCAGAAAUGGAUAUUCUUAAAGACAGGAACAUAGGAUUUUGCGCCGCCAUGGGGACGGCGGUUGAAAAGGUGGUGUAUAAAGGAGUCGGCCAUGCAUUUCAGAUUCUUCACAACUCUCCUCUUUCUCACCCCAGAACUCAUGAAAUGAUGUCUCAUCUCAGGUCCUUUGUUGUCCAUCAUCACUGAAUUGAUGAACAUGCAUGCAUGUUCUAGCUAGGGUUUCCUCAUACUGCACUGUACUGUAUUCGCAUUUAGCGGGAUGAGAUUAAUCCAAUUGAGUAUCGUGUUUGCUCGGAUGGGUUGUUUUGUUUAAGUUUUAAAUGCAUGUAUGGAAAACAAAAUUGUACUCCUUAGUAUUAAGACUCUACCAGUCCAUGUUCUAUUGUACUCUUCCUAUGUAUAUAAUUGUUGUA